GGUCAGGGCUAUGGUGAAGAUUAGUAAACAUGGUCCAGAAGCACAGUGGGCUGAGAUACUUGAAACUCCAGGAAUGAAAAAUAUUGCUCCUCUUAAACGCCUGAAGCCCGGCUGGACGAUGGGAAAUAUUGUGUCUAACGGUGAAGACAAAUCCAACAAUAUUAUCUACUUUGUCCGAAUACAAUCUGAAGCAGAUGUUGAAGGAAACAAUUUGUUUCUGCACAGCAGAAACCUGCCAUGUACAGAUCAAAUCUUUAAGCUGCAGUACGGUACAGAGAUCUACUUCAAGGAAAGAGAGCGUCAAAGUGGAGACUGUAAAGAGAUUGGAGAGGUGGAGAUAAACAAAAGAGUUUAUAACCUGGAAGAACUCUUCUCCAGGAUAGAGGAGAAGGUGGAGGAGUGUAAGAAAGAGGUUGAGAUAACUCCAGUUCUGCUCUCUACUCCAGCCUGGGAGUUUUUAGGUUCAAGGUUGACGGUGGAGAACAUGAAGAGGUUUAUCUCUUUACAAAGACGAUUAUUCUCCAUGAGAUUAAUCUCCACGAAGCUCCUCCACCAAGUUCUAGAGGUGUCCUGUUCAACCUUGAUAUUCAACCCUAGAUCAGGGAUCAUAAAGGAGUAUAUAGAGGGGUUGGAGAAGGAUGAAGACCGUGUGGAGAUAUUUGAAUAUUUUCAUGAAUUAAUGGAAUAUAUUCCUCAGAUUUCAAGCAGUAUUAUUCAGCUUAUACAGGUGUUCACUGGACGGAAAGUAGAAUCCCCCCUGGUUUCUGUUUACUAUCAGAUGUUGAAGAAUAUCACGAGAAAUUAUAUGAAAGAGCUUCAAAUACAGACUACCUGUUUCCUGGACUACAGCCAGCUGCCACUAAUCCCAACACAAGAAGAGAUAUUCUCCCAUACCAAUAUAAUGUUCCAGAGCAAUCUGUCCCCUGUGCGACCCUUCAGCCCCUACCCGGACGAGGAGGACUACAUGGAGGUCUACUUCAGGCUGCAGAGAACUGACGGGUUCAAUGCCAUUAUCAAGGGGAUCAAAGAUUUCAACGAAGGGAAACUGGAUCAUAGAGACAUGAACGUGUACGAGCAGGUUUACCUGCGAGGUAUAGCAACUCAGCAGAACGGAUAUGCAUUCCUGCUUCAAGUCCAAUCUAUGCGGAAAGUUAAGGACCUGAGUAAAACUAAGUUUCUGUUGACCGGAAACCUGCUCUGCCUCUCAAUAGAGGGAGAUUUCUCAGAUGCCAUCUGGGCAAAGGUAGAUUUUAUUAUUUUUUUAAACUUUUCAUUUAUCAUAAGAUAUUGUCAUUUUCCCUUGCUUGCUUUUUUCUGCUACAUAACUUUUAAAGCUAGAUUAAUUCAUUUGUAAUUUGUAUUUAUUCAU